GCUUAGUCCCAUCUCAUGAGACAAGGCAACCUUUGUCUUUCGACCAAAACCCUUCUCAGGCACCCAAGCCAUUCUCUGCAGCAACCUCGAAGCUAGUUCAAACUAGUGGGAGGUUGUGUGCACACUCAAAGCACUUCCCCCUUCAACCAUAGAAACCUAUUAUUAAGGACUAAUUUGGUAAGUCGUCGACCGUGAUCAAGUAUGGCUCGUGGGAAGGUUCAGAUGAAGAAGAUCGAGAACCCGGUGCACCGCCAGGUCACCUUCUGCAAGCGCCGAGCUGGGCUCCUCAAGAAGGCCAAGGAGCUUUCUGUGCUCUGCGAUGCCGACAUCGGGGUCCUCAUCUUCUCUGCUCACGGCAAAGUCUAUGAACUCGCCACCAAAGGGACUAUGCAGGGGCUCAUCGACCGGUACAUGAAUUCAUCAUUGUCCGGCCAAGGGGCGGCUCAGUCGUCAUCCAGUGACCAUGUUGCCUCCCAACAGAGGGCUCCAUCGUCGGAUGCAAAAGAUGAAAUUAAUCUACUGAAGCAAGAGAUCGAAGUACUCCAAAAGGGCCUCAGGUACAUGUUUGGGGCAGGGGCUGGGGCCAUGUCACUUGAUGAACUAGAUGUUCUUGAGAAACAUCUUGAAAUUUGGAUCUACCAUAUUCGCUCAACUAAGAUGGAUAUCAUGUUUCAAGAAAUCCAGCUGUUGAGGAACAAGGAGGGGAUACUGAAAGCGGCAAACAAGUACCUCCAGGAUAAGAUAGAGGAGAAUGCUGCGGCUACUAACUUUCCGCCAAUGACCACUAACUAUACUAACUAUACUUACCCGCUGACUGCUAUACAGAACGAAUUAUUUCAGUAUUAGGAAAUUAUUUUUCCCUAUAUAUAUAUAUAUAUGAUAUGAUGUUCUAUAUAUAUAUAUAUAUAGUGGGUUUUAGAGCUCCAUUACAAGGAGUGUGCUGAUAAUUAUUAUAAGUAAUGUUGUCGUUUGUUAUAAUUGUCUUUGUAGCGAGACAAAUUUGAUGUUUUCAUGGUGAUGGUGUUUGUGUGUGUGCUUCCAAUAGCAGUAUGGCUAUUAGCUAUAAGAGGUUUGAAUAAAGUUACUGAAAUUCUGUAAAUGCAUGCACGCAUUUACUGUUAUUAUCUAUUAUUUCUAUGUUCCAGCUUGUUA